AUGACGACUCAAGUUGAAACCAAAGAGGCUGAUGCUAUCACCACGAGCCGACAUGACGCGACCAAGCAGCUCGAUAAGAAGCAGGAAUCAGACAUCGAGGUUGGCGUCGUUGUAGAUGAACCGGAAAAGACAUACUACAGUCGGUUGUCAGUCUGGCUCAUGGUUUUGUUUUCUGGUCUAGCCAUCGGAUCAGACGGAUACAACGCUGCCGUGAUCGGAAAUGUCCAACUCCUCAUGGCAGUCAUCUACCCCGACACGCUGACCAGCUCCAUCUCGUCGCGCCUGAGCAAUGCCUUCCUGAUCGGCAUGAUCUUGGGGAUGCUCAUGUUCGGGCACGUGGUGGAUCAGUUCGGGCGCAAGACGGGGGCCGUGGCGACCACCAUCCUCCUCGUUGUGGGGAUAGCCCUGUCGGCCGGGGCCAGCGGGACCACGGAUCGGGGCCUGUUCUGGAUGCUCAUCGUGGCGCGGGGCGUGGCCGGGGUGGGUGCCGGGGGCGAGUACCCCGUGUCCGGGGCGGGUGCGGCCGAGGCCACGGACGAGAGCGAUGCGUACCGCCGGAACCGUGGCUUCAUGUUCGCCAUGCUGGCCGACCUGUCGGCGUCGCUGGGGUACGUGUGGGCCGGGCUCACGCCUCUGCUCCUGCUGCUGUGCGUCGGCCAGCGCGAGUCCGGGUACCCGGCCGUGUGGAGGACGUCGUUCGCCCUGGGCGCCUUCCCGCCCCUCGUCAUCUUCUGGUUCCGCAUGCGCAUGUCCGUCGCCACCGCCUACCGCCGAUCCGCCAUGCGUAAGCAGCGCGUACCCUACCUCCUCGCCCUGAAGCGCUACUACCGGCCCCUCAUCGGCGUCGCCACAUGCUGGUUCCUCUACAACUGGAUCUCCAUCCCCUUUGGCAUCUUCAGCUCCACCAUCGUGUCGCGCGCCAACGUCGGCAACAGCCUCGUCAAGAACCUUGGCUGGGGCGUCGUCAUCAACUGCUUCUACCUCCCCGGCCCUUUCCUGGGCGGCUAUCUCUCCGACAGGCUGGGCCGUCGCCAGACCAUGGCCCUCGGCUUCUUCCUCCAGGCCUGCCUGGGAUUCAUCCUCGGUGGUGCGCAGUUCAAGAUCCAGCCCAUCUUCCCGCUUUUCGUCGUGCUGUAUGGGAUCUUCCUCACUCUAGGAGAGGUCGGUCCUGGAAGCACCGUUGUCCUUGCUGCUUCCGAAUGCUUCCCGACCUCUAUUCGCGGUCAGAUGCUUGGCUUCAUCGCUGCCUGGUCCAAGGCCGGGGCCGCCAUCGGAACCCAGGUAUUCACUGCCAUCCUUAACUCGUACGUAGACGACCCCUCCAAGGGUGACCAGGUCGCUUUCUUGAUCGGAUCGGCCUUUGCCGUCCUCGGUGCCCUCGUGGCCUAUUUCGUCAUCCCGGACGUGUCGAGGCGUCUCGAGGAUGACGACGAGGCCUGGAAGGCGUAUCUGGCUGCCAACGGGUGGGAGGCCACUUGGGGUGAUUCCGAGACCAAGGAUCCUCAGGGUGUCAUCAUGGACAGAUCUGCCAACUAG